AUGAAUGCGAUCCAUCAUGGUCAGAAUCCAAAGAGUGAGAAGACAAUGAAUGUUGUUGUUUGUGGAAUUGAAGAUCAAUCUGUGGGAAGUUUAUUGGGACUCUCUGAGCAAGCGAUAUCUGAAACAGCGGCAUUCAUAUUUGAGUUUUCGAAAAUACCAUUUGCAGUGUGCGACACUUUUGAUGAAAGUGCAAUUCGCCAAUACUGGCUUUCCGAACGUGAACGUUUGGUGAGGUUCCUUUCAUGCUUUCCCAAGGUCAAACAACCAAUAGUUUUCGUACUCUGGACUGAGAAUAGUGAAAUGUGGGAGCGGAUUUCGCCCCGAAUGACUAUGUAUCUUGAGCUGAACCGGAUGGUCGCGUCACCCGAGGGCCCCCUUCUCUGCUACAACUUUUUGAACUUGAACAUGUCGAAUAUGGUACUUGAUCCAUAUAUUAUCGGUUCAUUAGAGUGGUUAGCGGCGGUAUCGAAGAACAAUAUUGAGAGAGGUCACGGUUUGUCCGAUCCUGAUCCUAAAGAACGAAUGGAAAUAGACCUUCCUCUGCCCCUUUCACUCCAAUCAUGA